AACCCACAGGAAGGAGAUCAGAGUCAUGCUCAGCCAGCAGAAGGUUUACAAACACUUCUGCCUUCCUCUUUGCCUCUCAAUUUGGCAACAUUAAGAGGCCAGUUUAUGCCUUGUGAUUUUUCCAGAAAAGCAAAGGCCUUUGUGUCAGGUUUACUCAACCCUCCCCAUCUACUUGCCGCCUCCCCUCCCCCUGCCCCACCCAGCUCUUUCCUCCCUCUGCCUCAAAUUUCAGCACUCCCAACUGGCAAGGGACAGGGCAGCCACUAAAGCAGAACAACACCUAGCACACUGAGUUCUUGAGCUGAGCAGGCAUCAUGGCACCGUCUGUGGCCUGGACAGGUGUGACCUUUCUGCUGAUGGUCCAGUGGGGCUCUGCUGCAAAACUGGUCUGUUAUUUCACCAACUGGGCCCAGUACCGAGCAGAGGCCGCUCGCUUCACCCCUGGAGCUGUGGACCCCAGCCUGUGUACACACCUCAUCUAUGCCUUUGCAGGCAUGCGCAACCACCAGCUCAGCACUGUGGAGUGGAAUGACCAACAACUGUACCAGGAAUUCAACGGCCUGAAGAGAACGAAUCCCAAGCUCAAGACUCUGCUGGCCAUUGGGGGCUGGAACUUUGGCACUCAGAAGUUCACAGAUAUGGUAGCCACAGCCAGCAAUCGGCAGAUCUUUGUCAACUCAGCCGUCAGGUUUCUGCGGACAUAUGGCUUUGAUGGCCUCGACCUUGACUGGGAGUACCCAGGAAGCCGGGGGAGCCCGGCUGCAGACAAGCAGCGCUUCACAGCCCUCAUUCAGGGCUUGGCCAACGCCUUCCAGCAGGAAGCCCAGACCUCAGGGAAAGAACGGCUCCUUCUGAGCGCAGCUGUCCCUGCUGGACGAUACUAUGUGGAUGCUGGCUAUGAGGUGGACAAACUUGCCCAGGACUUAGACUUCAUUAACCUCAUGGCCUACGACCUCCAUGGCUCCUGGGAGAAGGUCACGGGACAUAACAGUCCCCUCUACAAGAGGCAGGGGGAGAGUGGAGCAGCAGCUGAAUACAACGUGGAUGCUGCUGUACAACUGUGGCUACAGAAGGGAGCCCCCGCCAGCAAGCUGGUCCUCGGCAUGCCCACCUACGGACGGUCUUUCACCCUGGCCUCCUCAUUAGACACCAGAGUGGGGGCCCCAGCCACAGGGCCCGGUGCCCCUGGCCCCUUCACCAAAGAAGGAGGGUUUCUGGCUUACUAUGAGGUCUGCUCCUGGAAGCAGCAGCACAGAAUCGAGGACCAGAAGGUGCCCUAUGCUGUCCGGGAUAACCAGUGGGUGGGAUUUGAUGACGUGGAGAGUUUCAAAGCCAAGGUUGGCUAUGUGAAGCAGAAGGAGCUGGGCGGUGCCAUGGUGUGGGCUCUGGACUUGGACGACUUCUCAGGCUCCUUUUGCAACCAGGGCCGAUACCCACUCAUCCAGACACUGCAGCGGGAACUGAGUAUUCCAUCCGUGUCUCCAGGUCCUCCAGAGCCUGAGGUGCCUACAGUUGGCCAUCCCUCUAACCCCAAGCCAGACCCCAGCGCUGGACAAGACACCUUCUGCCAGGGCAAAGCCGAUGGGCUAUAUCCUAGCCCUCAGGAAGCGUCCAAAUUUUAUACCUGUGCAGGAGGGGAGCUGUUUCAGCAGAGCUGUGGUCCAGGCCUGGUGUUCAGUGCCUCCUGCAAGUGUUGCACCUGGAAAUGAGGCCCCAAGACCCUGCAGCUCCAGCCUGAAACCUGGGUGCACCCACCCCUUGCUUUCCCUGGAGGCUGGCUCUGGUGGGCCUCUCUGCAGUUUUUCUAUAACCAUGAUAUUUGCUUCCCACCUCACCUUCCUUUUCUGUAUGUCCUGGGCUGAAUCUUUUACUUGAUAAAUAAAAUUUUAGUUUGUGCCCCUCUCC